CUAUUUUACCUCAAAUCCUUUAUUUUGUUAUUGGUUUUGGAAAAAGUUGUGAGAUUUUUGUGUGUUGAUUUUGGAACCCACUGUUGUUCUUUAUCUAUGAGUUUUGGAAUUCCUUGCUUUCCCCCUGAACCAUCUUAAUAAUUGGAUGCCAAACAAAAGAAUUUUGUGUGUAUAGCUUAACACUGCACUCACCAGAUGAAAAAUUGACAUGUGUCCUUAGAGCACGUAAUUCUCACAUGCAUUAUUAAUAAUGCAUGUGACUCGUGCUUUAAGGAUAAAUAUCAGUUUAAUAUACUAUAUCGGAGAUAUUUCCUCUGCAAUUUGGAGGAAAAUUUUGUUUGAAAAUGGAUCCAAAGUGCCCAACUUUGGUCCAAAUCAAGCACUCAUUAGUAGAAUAACGUAUCAGCCAAAGUGCCAAUUCUUAAUGCUCAGUUGGCAACCCCCAUUCACAGAGAUUGGCUCUCUGCAGAUUUUCUUUUAUGGCUAACUGAAAUCUAAUGUCGUUUGGAACAAACAAAUAUAUUAAAGGUUAGUAUCUUGCUCUAUCUAUGGUAAGAAGCAACUAGAAGUUUUCCAUAGGCAGUUGGUGCGCCAAUAAUAGAAAAUAAAAGUUUCAUCAAUUCUAUAUUGGCAUUGACAGAAUGCUCUCACCAAUUUAUUGACAUCGAGACAUACAAAGAAGAAUGAGACAUAUUAAUUCAUCAAUCAAUAUACAACAAAAGUAUAAAUGAACUUCUGUUAUGAUCUCAGGGUUGGUGUCAAGGAGUGUAACUAGUGAUCUGGUUUUCCUGUUCUGGACCCUGCCGGCUUCUUUCAACAACGCCGCUAACCUCCGCCACUCAUCAUCCACAUCAGGAGUUUCUGUUCCAAGCUUCUCUUCUCUCAUGCCAACCAGAUAUUCCAAAAUUCCAAUGGCAUCAUCAAGCCUGUGAAAUCAUAAGUUGGAAAGCACACAGAUAUCACAAACUAUAGGCAAAGGGAAGCAGAGGGAGAAGAUCACAGCUACUGUGGAAACCAACAAAAACACAGAUAAAUCAGUUUGCUAAAAUAUAGCUAAAGACUGGUACCUGCCCAUUGCAUCAUAAGUGGCGGCAAGAUUGCUAAUGAUCCCUAAUGUCUCAGUAUUUUGAUUUUGCUGUCAUUGGCAGUGGAGUUGCAGGCCUUCGUUAUGCUCUUGAUGUUGCAAAGCAUGGUUCUGUCGCUGUGAUUACCAAGGCUGAGCCUCAUGAGAGCAACACAAACUAUGCUCAGGGUGGUGUUGGUUCUGUGUUGAGCCCUUCAGAUUCUGUGGAGAGUCACAUGCAUGACACCAUUGUAGCUGGGGCUUAUCUAUGUGAUGAGGAGACUGUCAGGGUUGUCUGCACAGAAGGACCUGACAGAAUCAGAGAAUUGAUGGCUAUGGGUGCCUCAUUUGAUCACGGGGAAGAUGGAAACUUGCAUCUAACAAGGGAGGGGGGGCACUCUCAUCACAGAAUUGCUCAUGUAGCUGAUAUGACUGGAAGGGAGAUUGUGCGGGUUCUACUGAAGGCAGUUGUCAAUGAUCCAAAUAUUUCUGUGUUUGAUCACCAUUUUGCGAUAGAUUUGCUAACGUACCAGGAUUGUUCUGACACAAUAUGUCUGGGUGUUGACACAUUUAAUACUGAAACAUUAGAGGUAACAACAAAAUUUACCAUUUAUUAUGCCCAAAAAUCUCACUAUCUUCAUUCCAUAACCUUUACUUUUUUGAAUUUUCAGGCGAUAAGGUUUAUUUCAAAGGUGACUUUACUUGCAUCAGGUGGGGCUGGACAUAUCUAUCCAACAACUACAAAUCCUCUGAUAGCCACAGGAGAUGGAAUGGCCAUGGCCUAUCGUGCUCAAGCUGUUAUUUCAAAUAUGGAAUUUGUGCAGUUCCACCCAACUGCAUUAGCUGACGAAGGCCUUCCCAUCAAACCAACCAAGUCUCGAGAGAACGCAUUUCUUAUUUCUGAAGCUGUUAGGGGCGCCGGAGGCAUCCUGUACAAUCUAGGCAUGGAAAGGUUCAUGCCCUUGUAUGAUGAGAGAGCUGAGCUUGCUCCCAGGGAUGUGGUGGCAAGAAGUAUAGAUGACCAGCUUAAAAAGCGUAAUGAGAAAUAUGUGCUCCUUGAUAUUAGUCACAGGGCCAGCGAAAAAAUUCUCUCCCACUUCCCCAACAUUGCUGCUGAGUGCUUAAAGUAUGGUCUGGACAUUACCCGGCAGCCGAUUCCAGUGGUUCCCGCUGCUCAUUACAUGUGUGGGGGUGUGCACGCCAGGCUUCAUGGGGAGACAAAUAUUCAGGGCUUGUACGUGGCAGGAGAGGUUGCAUGCACAGGUUUGCAUGGAGCAAACCGACUUGCUAGUAACUCAAUAGUUGAAGCUUUAGUUUUUGCAAGAAGAGCUGUCCAGCCCUCAAUUGAUCACAUGAAGAGCUCUAAACAUGAUCCUAGUACUUCAAAUUUGUGGGGUAAACCAGUUGUUACUUCUUCACUUGGGAGUGAUGCUAUGGACAAAAUUUUAACAAUGACAAGAACAAUAAGGAAAGAAUUGCAAUCAAUCAUGUGGGAUUAUGUGGGAAUUGUUCGGUCGACGACAAGGCUGGAAUUUGCAGAGCAAAAGAUUGGUGAGUUGGAGGCUAAAUGGGAGGAGUACUUAUUUCAGCAAGGGUGGGAGCCAACAAUGGUGGGGCUUGAGGCUUGUGAAAUGAGGAACCUCUUUUGUUGUGCGGAGCUGGUGAUCAGCAGUGCCCUUUCCAGGCAUGAAAGCCGUGGGCUUCACUACACGGUUGAUUUUCCUAAUUUGGAGGAAAGUAAGAGGCUCCCAACAAUUAUUUUCCCUUGUUCAUCAGUCAAGAGUACCUGGAGUUCACGACAACUACACAAGCAGCUCAUGUGUUAAAGAAAGGAGCCUUCCUGCCAAUAAAAAUUUAUUCUUAGAAUUGUAUCAAAAUGAUAAUGUCAUCCUUCUUGUGCUCUUCUUCCAUUAUGGGCCAAUGUUUGAUUCUAAUGAAUAAUGGCCUAUAGAUUUAGUACCAAUUAUGGGAAAAACCCUAUAAACCAUAGCCUAUUGAUUUAAAUGAUAAUGUCAUCCUUCAUGUGCUCUUCUUCCAUUAUUGGCCAAUGUGUAAGUUUCUGAUUCUAAUGAAUAAUAGCCUAUUU